AAACCCCUUCCUACCCUUCCUUCUUCUUCACUGCCAUCGACCUUAGAUCUCUGCCGUCAAAUGAAGGGUUAAUUGCAUCAAAUACCACUUAAGUGGGGUUAUUGUUGCAGGAUUACCACUUAAACAGAAUUAGUAGCAACUAAAACCUCUAAGUCAUUCUCCGGUAGCAACAAUACCAAUUCCGUCAACGGAAGUAACGGCAGGUACCAUAGAGGUAAUUUUCCUGACACGUAGUCAGGAUAGGUCAGCACCUCUUGCUGACUCAUCUUUGGAUUUUCUUCCCGCUCAUUUCUUCCCGCCAUUAUCCCGCUCCUCUGCUGUAGUAUAUAUGCUUCCUGCCCCAUCUUCUUUUUGAGAACCCCCUUCUCACAUUUCAUUUCUGCCCACUGCCCACUUCCUCCUUCCUCUAAGUCGGUCGACAAUGGCGGCUGCAAGUCCACUGUGCCGGUGCGCGGUACCGGCGGUUCUUCGAACUUCAUGGACCGAUGCCAACCCCGGAAGACGAUUCUUCGGCUGCGUCAAUUACCGGGGUGCAAAUGCAUGUAAUUAUUUCCGUUGGAUUGAUCCACCACUUGAAGAUAAUAUUAAGCGCCUUGUUCUCGCCUUGCACAAGAGAAUCCGAGAGGUGGAGAGGAGGAACGAUCGCAGCUCAUUUGUCCGAGAAGUCAGCAAAGGUUUUUUUAUUGUGGUUGGAGAUUUUUUGGCAAAGAGUGUGAUGAAUUCCCUGUUUGGAAUCAAGGAAUGAGGUGGCAACCUGUUGUGGAUUAUGUAAUGAGUUGUGGAACCUGUUCUGGAUAAUGUAAUGUGUUAGGGAACUUGUUUUGAAUGAUGUACUGGAUUAUGUAAUGA